GGGGCGGUGCUGGAGUUAUCGGGCGAUUCGAUACUGGACUAUGUCCCGCGUCACUUGGACUACGUGGCCAGCCCGGGAGCCGUCGGUGGAGGAAUGUACGACGAGAUCCGUGUUCCUCAUCACUCUCAACAUGCCAGAGACUCCACCUCGAACCGCUCGUCAGCCAAACCCAGGAAAAAGUCGUCGGUCGACAACCGCAGCGGCCAGAGAAAGUGGAAGUGCUCAAAGUGCACGUACGAGAACUGGGCCCGGGCGGGGAAGUGCAUCAUGUGUCAGACUACCAAGAACAAGACGCCGAGUCCUCCCAUGUCAGACAGCGAGACUUCUCACUCACCCAACCCAGCAACUAAGCAUCGCCACCCCUCCUCUCCCUCUGAGAACGCCAACUCUUCCUCCUCCCUCGCCUCCCUCUCUUCCUCAUCUCUCCACGCCCGCUCCCUGGGCAUCAACUCCAACCAGCCUCCCUCCUCGGCCUCUCCCGCUCACACCGACUCAAGUCCCUCGGCAGUUCACCUCAUUCCCUGCACCGCUGCCGGCACGUCCACCGACGUCCUCCCCUCCUCCUCCCUCAAGAGCACCAGCAACGAGGUCCGCCAGAUUCGCAAUCGUCUCUCCAGCUCCGACUGGCUCUUCAUCAACGCCUGUCUCGGCGUCGUGAACGAGGACGUCCCUGCCGUCAAGGCCUAUCUGCGUGGCGAGGGAGACAGAGCGCGACAGCUGGGCAGAGACGAGUGUCUGCUGCUGGGUCAGCCAUCCAUCUUCUCUGUCGGCAGCACUCUAGUCCACCUAGCCAUCAGGUACCAGCGAUCAGACAUUCUGAGCCUGCUGCUGACGCCAGCCUCGUCCGAUGCCCGCAAACGUCUUCCCUCCCAAUCGAACCCCGACCUGGCCACCAGCAUCCGGGAGGAGGUGGGCAGAUGUCUCAAGCAGCACAAGGGACAGUGGCCGUGCUACUCCUUCACCCACAUCUCUACCUUCACUCUUCCAACUGAGAUUCGAAGAUUCUGUGUGGCAGUGCAGAAGAAAGUGUUGGACGGAGUAGUAGACAGAGAGGUAGAGAAAGAGUUGGAAGAGGGGACCCCCAUCAUUAACUGGAGCAGCGAGCUGGUGGACGACAUGGGUUGCUACCUCUACCCGCUGUGGAACCGGACGGCGGGGGACUGUCUGCUGGACUCUGUCCUCCAGGCCACCUGGGGAGUCAUGGACCGAGACGGGACCCUCAGGAGAGCUCUCGCUGAUAGUCUCGUCGAUGGAGCCUCACUGUUCUACAAGAGGUGGAAGGAGGAGGAGCAGCGCCAGGCCCACCUCCAGGGCUACAGUCUCGGGGAGGACCAGCUGCGACAGGACUGGGCCGCUGUCCUGGCACUGGCCGACCAGAAACGCAAGUCCCUCGAGCAGAUCCACGUCUUUGCUCUGGCUCACGUCCUCCGUCGACCCGUCGUCGUGUACGGCGUGAAGGUAGUCAAGAACUUCCGCGGAGAGAACCUCGGAUUUGUCAACUUUGAAGGGGUCUACCUCCCACUCAUCUGGGAGAAGAAGUUUUGCUCAAAGAGCCCCGUGGCACUGGCCUACACGCGAGGACACUUCUCCGCACUGGUCAGCCUCCCCUCCUCGCAGACCAACGAGGUGGGGGCGUGGUCCAACAGGUCAUGUGACAGCCACGUGUCCUACCUCCCACUGGUGGACAGCGAAGGUAGACAGUUCCCUCUCCACUUCAUCAGCGAAGAAGAGAUUGGGUGUGAGGAGAGGCUACUGAAGCAGUACUGCGAGUGCCACGUGACCAAGACAGGUAUCCUGACGGCGGUACAGGAGGCCGGCUGCCCCCACUCCCUGGUCAGCCAGCUGGUGGACGAGUGGCUCGACCGAUACAGACGCAUGGACAAACGGAGAGAAGCUGCAGCUUGCAGCAACUAUGACUCCGACAGCUAGGCCUAUAGCUAGUAGGCCUAUAGCAAUUACACCAUCACCCACAGCUAGUAGGCCAUUGUAUGCUUCACCAUCACCAUCAUCAUCCUCUGUUGUAAUAGUGUGUAGAGUUGUCUACUGUGUCAUGUUCAUAGUUGGAACUGCCAAGAUUCAU